AGAGCAUGAUGCUGUCUAUCUAUCUUACUAUCUAUCUUGCUGCAAAAUUAUCCAAACCAAAGACGAUAACUUUUUUAUAAUUGGUCAUCGACAUGCCUGAAUCUGCUUAGACAUUGUAAAGCAUCUAUGUCUGUGUCCCUGCUUCUGCACCUUCCAUCCAUUCAUCCCUGCAUAACAGUAUGUCAUAUUGCUGUGCCUUCGCUGACACCAAUGUCUAUCUUCUGAAAAAUAAUGGGCUCUUGGGUGGAAGCAGUUCUGUGAAAGUAAAGAUUUUGACUAAUGGGUCUUCGCUAAAUCAGAAGAAACUUGGAAGAAGACAAGUGGGUCUUCAUGCCUUUGGCACAAAGUGUGCACACGAGGUGGUUGUGGAAAAUGGCAAGAGAAAAAUGGGAGUGUCCUCUGAAGAAGUUAUUGGAGUUCUGAAGUCUAUUUCGGAUCCAAAUUCUGCUCUUUCCUACUUCAAGAUGGUUGCUCAGUUGCCGAAUAUUUUGCAUACCACUGAAGCAUGCAAUUACAUGCUUGAGUUGUUGAGGGCUCACACGAGGAUUCAGGAUAUGGUCUUUGUCUUUGAUGUAAUGCAAAAGCAAGUUAUUAAUCGAAAUUUGAAUACGUAUCUCACUAUAUUUAAAGCUCUUUCAGUUAAAGGUGGGAUUCGGCGGGCGCCAUUUGCACUUGGAAAGAUGAGGGAAGCUGGUUUCAUCCUGAAUGCUUAUUCAUAUAAUGGGAUGAUCCAUUUACUACUCCAACCUGGGUUUUGUAGAGAGGCUUUGGAGGUUUAUAGAAGAAUGAUCUCGGAAGGGCUUAAGCCUAGCAUGAAGACAUACUCAGCACUGAUGGUAGCACUAGGGAAGAAAAGGGAUACCAGAACCAUUAUGGAUUUGUUGGAAGAGAUGAAAACUUUGGGAUUGAGGCCAAAUAUGUACACAUAUACCAUAUGCAUUAGAGCACUUGGUAGGGUAGGGAAAAUUGAUGAUGCCUGUGCGAUUUUAAGGGAAAUGGAUGAUGAAGGAUGCGGGCCUGAUGUUGUCACUUAUACAGUUCUGAUUGAUGCUCUUUGUAAUGCGGGGAAGCUUGAUAAGGCCGAGGAAUUAUAUACAAAGAUGAGAGAGAGCCAUCACAAACCUGAUCGGAUAACAUAUACUACUUUGAUCGACAAGUUCAGUAACUGUGGCAACUUGGAUAUGGUGAAAAGAUUCUGGAGGGAGAUGGAAGCUGAUGGUUAUGAACCUGACGUGGUUUCCUACACAACAUUCAUUGAUGCUUUAUGCAAAUCUGGGAGCAUUGAUCAGGCCUUUGCUAUGUUAGAAACGAUGAAGAUGAAAGGAACUUUUCCAAAUCUUCAUACUUACAACACUUUGAUCUCUGGACUUUUGAAGAGGAAAAGAUUAGAUGAGGCAUUAGAACUUUUCGAUAAUAUGGAAUCUUUGGGCGUUGAACCUACUGCUUAUUCAUAUGUUCUGUUCAUCGACUAUUAUGGAAAGUCCGGUGAUCCAGGAAAAGCUCUUGAGACCUUUGAAACGAUGAAAAAGAGAGGAAUUGCGCCUAGUAUAGUAGCAUGUAAUGUAUCUUUAUAUAGUCUUGCAGAAAUGGGUAGGAUCAGAGAAGCAAAUGAUAUAUUCAACGAUCUUUACAACUGCGGACUUUCACCAGAUUCAGUAACCUAUAAUAUGAUGAUGAAGUGCUAUAGAAAAGCAGGGCAAAUAGACAAAGCCAUAGAGCUUUUGGAUGAGAUGAUAAGCAAUGGGUGUGAACCAGAUAUAAUUAUGGUUAAUUCGUUAAUUUAUAUGCUUUACAAGGCCGAUCGAGUUGAUGAGGCAUGGGAAAUGUUUGGGAGACUGAAGGAUUUGAAGCUGGCUCCGACAGUAGUGACAUACAAUACUCUACUUGCUGGCUUGGGGAAAGAAGGAAAAGUCGAAAAGGUUCUUGAACUGUUUGGGAGUAUGACAGAGUCUGGAUGUCCUCCAAACACAAUAACUUUCAACACACUCCUUGAUUGUCUUUGCAAGAACGACGCGGUUGAUUUGGCGUUGAAAAUGCUAUGCAGAAUGACGAUGAUGAACUGUAGUCAUGAUGUUCUGACUUAUAACACCAUCAUCUAUGGGUUGAUCAAAGAAGACAGAAUUAGUUAUGCAUUCUGGUUUUUCCAUCAGAUGAAGAAAUCUCUCUACCCUGAUCUCGUAACUUUAUGCACCCUCCUUCCUGGUGUUGUACGGUAUGGAAUGAUAGAGGAUGCUAUCAAGAAUGUCAUUGAAUUUGUUUAUCAGGCAGGUUUAGAGAAAGGCAAACAAUCCUUGGAAGAACUAAUGGAAUCCAUUUUAGUUGAAGCGAAAAUUGAAGAUGCCAUUCUAUUUGCUGAAAGAUUGGUAAGUGCUUCUGGUUUCCAAGAUGACUGUGUAAUAUUACCUCUAAUUAAAGCCUUGUGUAAGCGGAACAAGAUCCUUGAUGCUCAAAAAUUAUUUGAUAAGUUCACCAAAACUUUGGGAGUUCAUGCAACCGUUGAAUCAUAUAAUUGCUUGAUGGAUGGGGUUCUUGGAUCUAAUAUGAUUGAAAAAGCCUGGGAUCUUUUUGUGGAGAUGAAGGAUGCAGGUUGUCAUCCAAAUAUUUUCACGUAUAACUUGCUGCUCGAUGCUCAUGGUAAAUCUGGGAGGAUUGAUGAACUCCUUGAACUUUUCAAUGAGCUGCAGAGUAGGGGAUGCAAGCCUAAUGCCAUAACCCAUAACAUUAUCAUCUCUGCGCUUGUGAAAUCUAAUAGCAUCAAUAAGGCAUUAGAUUUGUAUUAUGAGCUCAUAAGUGGUGAUUUCUCUCCCACUCCCUGCACUUAUGGACCUCUUAUAGAUGGACUUUUAAAGAGUGGGAGAUUUGAGGAAGCAAUGAAGAUCUUUGAGGAGAUGUUAGACUAUCAAUGCAAGCCAAACAGUGCUAUUUUCAAUAUUCUCAUCAAUGGAUUUGGGAAAGCUGGAAAAAUUGAUGUUGCUUGUGAUAUGUUCAAGAGGAUGGUUAAAGAGGGAAUAAGGCCAGACCUGAAGUCUUACACAAUUCUUGUAGAGUGCCUAUGCUUGGCCGGAAGAGUCGACGAUGCUGUGUACUACUUUGAGGAACUAAAGUCAACUGGCCUUGAUCCUGAUAGAGUUUCGUACAAUCUUAUGAUCAAUGGGCUCGGAAGAUCACGCAGGUUGGACAAUGCUCUUUCUCUUUUCGGCGAAAUGAAGUGUAGGGGAAUUUCUCCUGAUCUUUACACUUACAAUGCAUUGAUUCUCCAUCUUGGGAUAAUUGGAGAGGUGGACCUAGCCGGAAAGAUGUAUGAGGAACUGCAAGCAAGGGGUCUGGAACCUAAUGUCUUCACUUAUAAUGCUCUCAUUCGUGGGCAUAGUUUGUCGGGAAACAAAGACAGAGCUUUCAAUGUCUACAAGAAGAUGAUGGUACAGGGGUGCAGCCCCAACAGACAAACUUUUGCUCAACUUCCUAAUAAAUGCUGAUUUCACUCACAGGAUCAUUCUGGUGCAAGCCUUUAUUCUCAAUGAUAGAGACCUUUAAGGAAUACCCUGCUCCUUUGCCUCAUUGCUCAGUGUAUAUAUUAAUGUGCAAAUUAUUCACUUCAUAUGCUGGCAACUGCUGCUGAUUAAUGGGAUAUGUGUAGAUGGGGAAGGCAUGAAGUUCGACUUUUGUGCAAAACUAAACUUGAGCCAUUUAAAGAUUUGUAUAUUUGAAAUUGUAAUCAUAUGUAAAGUGUAAAAGCAGUGUUAGAUCAGAAAUUGUAAAGGCAGAUGCUAAUAUGCAAUCAUUUGAAUAUAAAAGGGUUUUCUUUUGGCCGAACAA